AUGGAAGUUUGCGAAGCACCCAGUAUCAACGGUCAGGGCUUCACAGACACUGACUACUUUCGUGAUGUUUACUUACGUGAACAGUUGACUGGUGCUAAGCAUCAAAUUCCGAGUCAUAAUUACCCAUAUUCAACUACAUCACACCAGCAUAUUUAUGAGAAUGCAUCGACAUUUCCUAUACCACAGAUAUGUACAACAACUACACCCAGUACUAUUGCAUCCAGUUACUCAUUGAAUACCUUUACAACUGACAGUCAUCAUCAACCACAACUAAAUCAAUAUCCGACAGUGUCAACUUUUGAACACUUCUAUCCUAAAGAAGUUGUUAGAGAUCAUAUUUAUGCUUAUCCUCACCAACAACAGAGAAGUCGUUCACAACAUCUUCCACCACCGAAUAUCAAUGUUUCAUUGCCAAGUUUUCUAAACGAAUCACCCGCUCCAUAUAUAAAUAAACAGAUUGGCACAAUCUAUCAAACGUCUAAAUCGAAUGAAAAACAAGACUGUUUACUGAACAAUACUUCAAAUAUAUGCGACACUCUAUUAUUGAAUAAUGACACAAAUUUAUCACAAUGGGAUGUAAAUGAUCCAAAAUUGCCUAAGAUUCGCCAUUUUGAUACAUUUACAAUGUGGCCACAAGGACAUUGUCGUUAUGCGUAUAAAAAAUCACAAUCAGAAGGUGCACGACGUCAUGCUAGUGGUUGGGCAAUGCGUAAUACAAAUAAUCAUAAUUCACAAAUAUUGAAAAAAUCUUGUUUAGGUGUACUAUUGUGUACAUCAAAACAGUGUACAUUAGCUAUGCGACCAGCUAUAUGCGAUAAAGCAAGAAAAAGACAAGAAGGUCGACCAUGUUGUAUGCCUAGUUGUAAUGGAUGUAUAUAUAUUCAGUCGUGUCAUGGUCAUGGUGGUUAUCCGGUUACACAUUUUUGGCGUGAACAUGGAGAUACAAUCUAUUUUCAGGCUAAAGGUACGCAUGAUCAUAUACGACCAGAUUUAAAGCCUGUCCGUGAUACAGCAGCUAGACGACGUAAACAACAAGCACAACAACUACAAGGAUGUAUACAGGAACAACAACAAUCUCAAAAAGUUUCACGUAGAAGUAAUAUGAAAAAUGUAAAAUCUUUUGAAAUUACUGAUGUACAAUCACAACAGUAUGACAAGAAAUCGAUACCACUUUUGAAAGAUUUCAAUUAUCUAAAUAAAUCAUUACCAAUACCAUCUGAUACAAUGGGUCAUAAUCCAAGUUCACGUCAAUUUUUGCAAACAGAUUUUAAAAGAAGAAUUACUGAACACGGUGAGUAG